UGUGGUAGGAUGAAUGUGGGGGUGGCACACAGCGAAGUAAACCCCAACACUCGAGUGCUGAAUAGCCGGGGCGUCUGGCUGGCCUACAUCAUCUUGGUAGGACUGCUGCAUGUGGUUCUCCUCAGCAUCCCUUUCUUCAGCAUCCCUGUUGUCUGGACCCUGACCAACGUCAUCCAUAACCUGGCCAUGUAUAUCUUCCUACACACAGUGAAAGGGACACCCUUUGAGACUCCUGACCAAGGAAAGGCUCGGCUCUUGACACAUUGGGAGCAGAUGGACUAUGGACUACAGUUUACCUCCUCUCGAAAGUUCCUCAGCAUCUCUCCUAUUGUACUCUACCUUCUGGCCAGCUUCUACACCAAGUAUGAUGCUGCUCACUUCCUCAUCAACACUGCCUCACUGCUCAGCGUGCUGCUGCCUAAGCUGCCCCAAUUCCAUGGGGUUCGUCUUUUUGGAAUCAACAAAUACUAAAAGAUGGGUUGAGAGUUCUGAAGGCGUUGAGGGAAGACACUGGAACUAAGAUAUGUUUUUCUCUUCUCCACACUCUCUUCUGUAUCUUGGAAGCCUGAGGCAUAAGACAAACCUUGCUAAACUCCAAGAAGGAAGAAAUUGGAAAACGGGGUUCCUGGGCCUGGCCUUCAAUAGGGUCAAGCUUCUCUGAGUCAGGAAAGGUGGACAAGGUGAAGGGCCA